GUCCCCGGUGAGAGCUUUAUAGGACCUAAGUGAAAGGGGACGUGGGUGUGACUUAUAGCCUUGUCUCGGAGGAGGACAAUAAAGUUUGAGAAGUUUGAAAAGGGGAAAGAAAGUGAACGCCCCUUUGGCCGAGGGGUGUGGCCGGAGCUCAGCGAGGAGCCUGAAGGCGGGUGCAAGACAUGGGGGUCACCGUGGACGUGCACCAGGUGUUCCAGUACCCCUUCGAGCAGGUGGUCGCUUGCUUCCUCCGAAAGUAUCCCAAUCCAAUGGAUAAAAAUGUCAUCGCUGUAAAAACUGUGGAAGAAAAGAAAGAUGAAUCAACAGGACUCAUCUAUAGAAAGAGGAUUGCUAUCUGUCAGAAUGUGGUUCCAGAGAUUUUAAGAAAGGUGAGUAUUUUAAAGGUACCUGACAUCCAGCUAGAAGAAGAGUCAUGGCUGAGUCUUCGGAAAAGGAACAUGGCUAUCCGGAGUCACUGCCUCACCUGGACACAGUAUGCAUCCAUGAGGGAAGAGUCUGUCUUCCGGGAAAGCGUAGAAAAUCCAAAUUGGACAGAGUUCAUUCAAACAGGCAGAAUUUCAAUCACAGGGGCUGGAUUUCUCAACUGUAUUUUGGAAACUUUUGCUAGUACGUUCUUAAGACAAGGAGCCCAGAAGGGAAUUAGAAUAAUGGAGAUGCUGCUAAAGGAACAGUGUGGCUCCCCCUUAGUGGAAUAAAAAAAAAAAAA